AGAUGUACGUGCUUGGAGUCACGUUACGCCGCGCGCUCCCGUUGUAACGUUCUACCAGUGACCCUAGCGUACAUCGGCGCCUCCUGGAGGUACCGUGCUGCAGUGCUGCAUGUGUCCGUAACGGUCCAGCUUAUGUGACUUCUGCAAAUGGGCUUGAGUAAGCUGGAUGUUCUCUACAGACGGCUGCUCCUCACAAAACUAUUCAUCCGAGGAUGGGGAAAGCCAGAAGACCUUAAAAGGCUCUUUGCAUUUCGGAAGAUAAUUGGAAAUAGAGAAAAAUGUCAGCAUUUGGUUCCAAAAGACUAUCCAGUUUACAUUGACAAGGUUGAAGAACAAAGUGACUGCAAAAUUCUGGAUGGGCAUUUUACCUCUCCCCUGGUUCACUAUGUACCAGAUGUUAUGCCUUCUGAGACUGUCACAGCAUGGUUCCAGUUAAUACUCCCUAAGGAAUGGAAGAAUAAACACAGACCUGUAUGCAUUCACCUGGCUGGCACAGGUGACCAUUAUUACUGGAGAAGGCGGACACUAAUGGCUCGGCCUAUGAUCAAAGAAGCUGGCAUGGCAUCACUGCUGUUAGAAAAUCCAUAUUACGGCUGCAGAAAACCAAAGGACCAACUGAGAUCCAGUUUAAAGAAUGUGUCAGAUCUGUUUGUUAUGGGAGGAGCUCUGGUGCUAGAGUCUGCUGUGCUCUUACAUUGGCUAGAGAGAGAAGGAUAUGGUCCUCUUGGCAUGACUGGGAUAUCAAUGGGAGGACAUAUGGCUUCUUUAGCAGUAACAAACUGGCCCAAACCAAUUCCAUUAGUUCCAUGCCUUUCUUGGUCUACAGCCUCUGGAGUCUUCACAAAGGGGGUAUUAAGUAAGGCAGUUAAUUGGAGAGAGUUGGAGAAGCAAUAUUGUACACAUACAGUGUAUGAAGAGGAAAUUAUACAUAUGCUUGAGUACUGUGGGACAGAUUCUUUCAAAAUGGGACAGGAGUUUGUGAAAAAUUCCCCUAGAAGUGUGGACAACCUGACCGAGUUAAAAAUGGCCUCCAGUAUUUUUCGCCUUAACAGUAACAGGGACUCACUCUCCACUAAGGCAGCACAGCCCUUUCACAGUAGCAACAAUGCAGAGGAGCUCAUGUUGCAAGGUGGUGCAAAUAUGGCCUAUGUAGGACAAGCACUAACUGGUGCCAACAAUUGCAGGUCUACCACAGCCGGCUCAACAGGAAAGGGGCAAAUGGGAAAAGAUGAGAAGAAAAGAGAGGCUUUGCAAAGGGAGUCCUUAUUAUUCAUGAAAGGUGUCAUGGAUGAAUGUACACAUGUGGCAAACUUCUCAGUUCCAUUGGAUCCAAGUCUAAUUAUAGUAGUCCAAGCCAAGAAAGAUGCCUAUGUUCCAAGAGUUGGUGUACGUAGCCUUCAAGAGAUCUGGCCUGGCUGUGAAAUCAGAUAUCUGGAUGGUGGUCAUAUCAGUGCCUACCUCUUUAAACAAGGACUAUUCAGGCAAGCAAUAUAUGAUGCAUUUAAUCGAUUUCUUCAGAAAUACCCAAUGUGAUUAGGGGAUCUUGAGGAAAUUUAAUUCCGUCCAUUUAUUAACAAAUUUACAUUACUUGGACUACUUUAAGAAAAUGCAAAGAAGCUACAAAAUGAUGACACGUUGGCAUAAUUACCUCACUGAUAUGAAGAGAAUACCAUGGACGUUUCUGGUAUCUGGUACAGCUGACUGAGCUACUUGGAAGAAAGAAAAAAAAGAAAACAGAAUGUGUUUUUCUUGUUAUAUAUUUUUUUUUUUACUCACAUUUUUUGCUUAAGAACAUUUUUAUUUUUUAUUUUAUUUAAAUAUUUUCCAGGGCUUCCCCACUUGUGAAAUAAUUAGAACAUUGUAUAGAACAGUAAUUAUAAAUUUUUAUAUUUAUAUAUUGACAUUUUUUAAAGAUUAAAUGUGAUUUGUUUCAUAACAGAAUUGUUUCUGCAAACUAAAAAUGAAAUGUAUGAGAAAUUAUUUAUUUCCAGGAAAUGGAAAACUAAUGCCAUGUUUUCACAUUUUUUCAGCGAUCAUUUUCUCCAGUGAUGAAUGAAGUGCCUAACAUUACCAAAUGAUAAAAUAAAAAAUACACAUUUAUUAUAUAUUUACAAA